AUGAUUGUAAAAAUCUUUAUUGACAUGAGGAAGACAUGUGAAAACAAUCUUAAAUUCUUGAAACUUGCAAGGAAAUAUGAUAUGGUCCUUCAAUUUUGCAGGCAACAUAAAACUACAAUACAAUACAUAAUUUAUGGAAUACUAAUUACAGCUUAUCUGGCAGUGGUGAUUGCCGCCUGCAUCUUGAAUUUUCACAGAGCCUUAGCGCUCUUCAUCCUCACUCUCCUCGCCAUUUUUUUCAUCUGUUGGGACUUUUUCAUAGCCAGAUAUGAGAAUAAAAUUGCAGAGUUGCUGUCUCCUUUGGGAACAUUUCUGAAAGCUCAAUGGUUUUGGCUGAAAUGGGUAGUGUGGGUCAUCUUAAUAGUCGCUGUUCUAUGUUGGUUAAUUUUCGAUACUGCCAAGCAAGGGACCAAUCAGCUUAUUUCCUUUGGUGGGCUUCUUAUGUAUAUUCUCUUGAUGCUGAUCUUCUCCAAGUACCCAACUAAAGUUGUAUGGAGGCCAGUAAUCUGGGGUGUUGCAAUGCAGUUUGUUCUUGGACUUAUAACCUUGAGGACCAAAGUAGGAUUUGAUGCAUUCAACUGGCUUGGUAAUCAAGUGCAGAUUUUCUUAGGAUACACUGAUGCUGGUGCUAAAUUUGUGUUUGGUGAAAAGUAUACCGAUCACUUCUUUGCCUUCAAGGUGCUGCCUAUUAUCAUUUUCUUCAGUACAGUGAUGUCUGUGCUAUACUAUGUUGGAUUCAUGCAGUGGCUUAUUAAAAAGGUUGGAUGGAUCAUGCAAAUUACCUUACAGACAAGUCCAGUUGAAUCUUUAGUUGCAGCUGGCAAUAUAUUUGUGGGAAUGUCGGAGUCUCCUCUCAUGGUAAAGCCGUAUCUGCCCUAUGUUACCAAGUCUGAACUCCAUGCUAUCAUGACCGCUGGAUUUGCCACCAUUGCUGGAAGUGUUUUAGGAGCAUAUAUUUCCUUUGGGGUUUCAGCUUCUCAUUUAUUAACUGCUUCCGUGAUGUCAGCACCAGCAGCUUUAGCUAUUGCUAAACUCUUCUGGCCUGAGACUGAAAAUCCCCAGAUAAAUGCCCAAGAGGAUACAAAAAUGGAAAAAGGAGAAGCUAGGAACCUGCUGGAAGCUGCUAGCCAAGGUGCCAGUGCUGCCAUCCCGCUGGUAGCCAACAUUGCUGUGAAUCUGAUUGCCUUCCUUGCUUUGCUGGCCUUCUUUAAUGCAGUCCUGUCUUGGCUGGGGAAUAUGUUUGACUACCCACAACUGAGCUUUGAGAUAAUCUGUUCAUAUCUGUUCAUGCCAUUAUCUUUUAUGAUGGGAGUAGAUUGGGAAGACAGCUUUAUUGUUGGUAGGCUCCUUGGUUAUAAGACUUUCUUCAAUGAAUUUGUGGCUUAUGAACAUCUUGCAAACUUUAUUAAACUACGAAAGAAAGGCGGACAAAUGUACGUCAAUGGUAUGAAACAGUACUUGAGUAUACGAUCUGAAACAAUUGCCACUUACGCGCUUUGUGGAUUUGCAAAUUUUGGUUCAGUGGGAAUGGUACUUGGAGCACUAUCAUCCUUGGCUCCCUCCAGGAAGAGAGACAUUGCAGGAGGAGCCUUCAGGGCCAUGAUUGCUGGUACUGUGGCCUGCUUCAUGACAGCUUGCGUUGCAGGUAUACUAUCUGAAAAUCCAUGUACAACGUUAUUACAAGGUGACUUCAGUGUGAAUGACAAUAGCACAGAAAUAGUUGCCUGCUGUUUAAACCUCUUUAACAGUGGCAACAGUUCUGCAGAGUUUUUCCCAAAGUCUAACAGCGGUUUAAAAUCCUUGCACCAAUGCUGUCAACUUCUGGGCCCAUCCAAGGUUAAUUGCAGCUCGGUUGCGCCAUUAUCUUAAGCUGCUGUAUAGAAUUCAAAUUCAUGGUGGAUGAACAAAAUGAAGACAAAAUGAAAAUGGGGUGAUCUUGUUGCUAACGUAGACAGAAAAAAAACUAUUUUAACUUAAACUGGAGUGUUAGCUAUCUGCACCCUCUAUUUUCAUAAUGUUGCUGAUGAAGGGCAUAUUGAUAUAUUUGUAAGGAAAAAAACUUGCACACACAUAUAUCACAAUACACAUUUAAAGUUUAGAAUGACAUUGGAAUCUGAAAUGGCUUCCAUCUUGGAUUUAUGGAAAUAACUUGACAACACAUUGUAGAUUAAAGGUCUGGUUUGCACCCCAUUCCCAGUAAUGCCUAUUUGGAUCACGUUGAUGCAAUAAACUACUAACCUUGGUUAAAAUGCAGCCUGUGAUGGGGACACAUUCAGUCGCAUGAAUUCAAUUUGAACCAAUCAGAAAAAUAUUGAACAAUUAUUUAAAAUGACUCUAAAUUUGCUUGAUUUACACCUUUCAAUUUCUGUUUAGAUACCUAUCAAAACCCCUGUUUUGUUCUACUGAGAGAAGAUUGUUAUUUUAAUGUGAUCCUAAGUAUGUCUGCUCAGAAUUAAGCUGCUUCUUUUUCCCAUAUGGAGCUUCUUUCCAAAUCCAAGUCAGAAACCAGGAAACUCACAAACUUACGGAACUCCGCUUUGGUAUUAUAGGGUAUAAUAAUGAAAUCCUGCCAGAGUUUCCCUCUUGGCCAUCUUCUGCCAAACAAAAUCAAAGGGCUGUCUUUUCUACACCUUCUUCUUUCUCAGAACUGAGUUGUUGUUUACUUUAACAGUUACAUACUGUAUAUCAGUUGAUGUAAGAACAAAUUGUUAUAAGAUGGGAAUAUUUUCAUUCACUAAUCAAGGAAAACCAGUUCCACUUGAAAAUCAGUUUCCCAUCAUCACCACCAUCCAAAAAUAUAUAGAAAAGCUUUUGUUCUUACAAUGCAGAGUCAUGGGUAUAAAUUAAUAAAAUUUAUAGGCACAUAGGCACUUUUGUUGCUAGAAUGUUCACAAAAUAUCAAUUUAAGUACUUUUAUAUGAUCUAUAAAAGAAAACAUUCUACUAUUAGAAUUUGUUCUACCAGAUUCUUAAUGAGCUGAGUGGGUAAUAUUAACAGGUAUAAUGCCAAAUAAUUAAAUAAAUAUGCUCUGUUUUAAUUACUUUUAUAUAUUUAUCAAUUUGUAUUGCUGCCAAUCUUACAAAAAAGCAAGGAUAGAUGCACAACCCCCAUCAUACCCGCUAGAGAUCAUCCAAAAGUACAAUCAAUGCCAUUACCAUCCUAUUACCGGAUUUGAAUCCUGACUGAAAAGGAUCCAAAUAAUCCAUUUCAUCCAUGGUCCACUGAAACGACAAUCUAACUAACCACCUUCUCAAUCACCUUCCCCAAAAGGGGGAGGUUAAAUAUUGAAUGAAAGUUGUCCAGCAUGGAGGGAUCUAAUAAGGCAAAGAGAGGGCAAACCAAGGCUUAUUUAAGAGAUAAAAAGACAAUCCCCUCAUUCAAAGAAGUACUUUAAAUUGUGAAGACUUGAAUUCCCAGGAUUCCAGACCCAGCAUGCAUGUUGGCUGGGGAAUUCUGGGAGCUGAAGUCCACAUAAUUUCAAGUUGUUGAAUUUGAAAAACAUUGCAAUGGAGAUUUUGAUAGAUCAUAGUAUCUAUCCUGUUAUUUCAUGAAUAAAUACAUGGGAAUUGCCACACAUCAAUAGAUAUCUUUGAGCCUUUAUUUUCCUUUUUUUAAUGAAGAAGAAAAAAGAGAAAAAGAAAAGAAUUAUUAAUAGAAAAGAACAGAGAGAGAGAAAUGUUUUUAAAUAAAAGUCUGGGUUUUUUUAAUUAUGGGGUGUUGCAAUAGAGCUUUAUCAAAUU